GAGCAAAACCACAUACCAUUUUGAAACGUUCCUAGCAUUUCAGUGGUCGUGAUUUACUGUGUUUUUUCCCGUGCUCUUAAAAUGUAUAAAAUCAUUUGUAUAUCAAGUGCCCUUAUUAUUUUGUGCUUGCCUACUUUUGGUGAAGAGCUUCAAAUAAAAAAUAACAUCGAAGAAUUCGAUACAGAUGCGAUAAAAAUGAUUCUAACUGAUACUGAUGAUGAAGCUGAUGAGACGGUUGAUUUUCUGAAACAAAACGUGAACAUCAUUGGCGAGAAUCGCCCUUUGUUGGAUUUGAUCGGGAAAAAAGAAGAUGCUACGUUCAAUAUUCACGAAGCACUAGAGGUUAUCAUAACUAACGACCUCAUGAAGGAAAAAGUAAGUAUCGGUCAGGUUCAAAAUAUAAUUCGACAAGGAUUCGGCUGUGCAGUUUCGAAAGCGACUAGUUUAUACUUGUUCGUAAUGUUGCACGAUUUGAAGAAACUGAAAAUCGAUUUAGAGUCUCUGAAGGAAAACGCCGAUGAAAGUGAAGAACAGCAUGAAGGACCAACUCAAUCGGAACCCACAGAAGACAGCGAAGAGGUUGCAGGUAGAGAAGAACAUUUUUUUGAACAAGUAUAUGUUGAGGAAGAUUUGGUUAAACCCAAUCACAGUGUACCCGAACAUAGUGUAACCGAAUACAACAGACUUGGGGAACGGUUCGGCAUCAGAUCAAAAACCUAUCCAAGCGAUGCAGGACCAAGUAAUCAAAUAAACGAAAAACAAUUUACUCAUCCGUUUUUGGUUUAUUUUUUGUUUUAUUCGGAAUAUCUGUGGGCAGGAAUACUACGAAAACAAGUUAUAUAUAAUAUCGACUAUACGGUCCAAUUUGAAAUGUUCAAAGUAAUUUUUGGUCCUGGAAAUUCAGCAUCACUAAUGACCGAUGACCAUAUAAACGACGUUGUGUGCGUCUUGGAGGAAAUGUUGAAAAUGGUCGACGAGGAAAUAUCCAAUCAGUGUGUCGAUCACAAAGGGAGUUUAGUUAAAAAAUAUGAAAUAUUCAACGAAACCGUCAGUCGAAAAUUUAUGAUGUACCUAUCCGAUUUAGAUAACGGAAAAAACGAGGACUUAUCCCGAUUUCACUUGGACGCAAUUGCAGAGGCGCUACGACUAUUGUUUCAAUUAUACGGCGAAGGCGAGUUGAAAAGCGUAGAAGCGCCAGCCAAUGAAUUACAUUUUUCCAACUGCCCACAACGUUACAAAACAUCCACUAAAAAGGACGUAGUAGCGAGGUUAAGAGCAAUAUACACCGAAAACGAUAAUGCAACUACGGGACAAGAAAAUGACAAGAAGGAACCAACCGAAACGAAUUAGGCAGUCAAUGGGAAUUGUCCCCGAGUUUUGGAAAUUGAUAUAAGUGUUUGACAUACGUUUUUUUAGUACACAUAACGACAAUCCAGCUAAAUCAGUUUUAAAAUCUUAUCACUAUUAUUAUUGUUUAAUGUUAAUAUCAUUUAAUAAUAUUAUUUAUUAAUCAUCCAUCAAUUAUAAAUACAUCAGGAA